UACCCCUCUUUUGAACACAUUCCCUCACAUCAUCACAAGAAGCACAAUUUCUCUUUCUCUCUUUUUUUGUGUGUCCAAAAUGGCUCCUAGUUCUACUCACAACAAUGGGUUCUAUGUGCUUAUGCUAGUUGGGAUAGUGGUUAGCGCUAUGGUUGCUAUUUGUGCUGCUAGCUUCUACCAAGACUUUGAUCCAACAUGGGUUGGUGACCGUGCUAAGAUAUUCAAUGGUGGCCAGCUUCUAUCACUUUCCCUAGACAAAGUCUCCGGCUCUGGCUUCAAAUCAAAGAAAGAAUACCUAUUUGGGAAGAUUGAUAUGCAGCUCAAGCUCAUUGCCGGCAACUCUGCUGGCACAGUCACUGCUUACUACGUGCGACAAUCCCUUGUGGAGGGCGUAGAGACCCAGAAUCGAUGCCGCUGUAGCCCCAGUGAAGAAAGACAGCGGGGGCGACAUUCCUUGUGUGGGCUCACUGUGGUGGGGCGGCAACGUCGGUGACAGAAUGGGAGCUAGCGAUGGCACCGUGGGAGGAAGAAAUGAUUUGUGGGUAAGUGAGUGAGAGGCAAUUAGGGUUGGGGUCUUUAUGUUUGGGAAAAUUUUUAAAUUCCGACGGAUGCAUAUUCCAUUCAAAUAAUCUGCCAGAAAGGUAUCAAAUUUUCGACGAAUAGAUCUCCGUGGGUAACCAUCUGUGGGUAAGUUAUACUUUCGACGGAAUGAAUUCCGUGGAAAAAAUUAUGUUCAAAAUUCAAAUAUUUCUGACGGAAUUAAUUCCGUGAGAAAUAUUCCGUGGGAAAAACGCUUUUUUUUUUGUAGUGAUAAGAAAUGCUUUUUCCAAGUUCCACCAUCGUAGGUGUUGCAUUCAUAGCUCGUGUAGCUCAGUAUUAUAGCCACCAAUAUUCAUAUACUGUUAUUAACAUGCCGAUGCUGUCGUUGGAUUGGAUGAUGUACGUGAUGUGCUGGCUUUUAGUCCAACAAGUGAUAUUGAUCCCACACCCAUAUACUUGAGUCAACAUUCAAUGGAUAGGUAACUCUAGUAGCAGCUUCUUGUUAUUUAAUUAAAUUUAUAGAUGUAAUGUACAAUUUUCAUUUUUCUUUUCA